AUGGAGAGCACGUUGGCUGAUCAGAAGCGACCCCAAUUACAGCCGAUAUGCCAGAAUUGCGGCACUUCCAAGACUCCCUUGUGGCGUAGGGACGAACUCGGCUCGGUGCUUUGCAACGCCUGUGGCUUGUUUCUAAAGCUCCAUGGCAGGCCGCGCCCUAUCAGCCUCAAGACAGAUGUCAUUAAGAGCCGCAAUCGAGUCAAAACUGCGGGCCAGGGCCCGAAGCGCAAAUCAGGCGCAGCUGAUGGGAAUGGACUGUCUUCCGCGAGAUCGGAGGCGGGAACCCCUCCUUUGGGGUCGCAGGGAUACCGUCGCGCAUCGCGCAAGCUGUCCCCCGGCCACUCAGACCGAUCAAACUCUCCAGUUCCUCGAACUGAAACGCCCGGACUUUCAGCCAUGCAACAUGCGCAAUCUCAUCACAACUCGAACAUCGCGCCGCAGCAUAUGUUUGAUAGUGUGACCAUGGACCAGACCAGCCAGCUCCCGAGUUCGCUCCCAUCUACCCAGAUACGCCAGCCUUCUCCCACAUCUGCGUCUGCGCCAGCGGACCGCCACCAUGAUUCUCCGCAAACGUAUGAAGACCUGCUAGCGGCGAACACGUCCUUGAAGACUCGUGUUAGCGAGCUGGAUCUCAUCAAUGGGCUCUUCAGAGGGCGCGUCGCGGAGCUUGAGCAGAGCGAUGCAACUGCGCGCCGGUCUGAGAUGAUUCUCCGCGAUUCUGAAGUACGUUUACGGCGGUCCCUCGACGAGUCCCAGCGGCGGGAGGAAGAAAUGAAGCGACGCAUAUCCGAGUUGGAGCGUCAGCUUUCCGACCAGACCGGCGGAGGGAAUCCCGCCCAAGAGAACCCUCUGGAGCCGUUGGCCAAGCGAAUGAGGCUUUCCGAUGUGGUGGAGCAAUCCUCAAACUCAGCCAAAUCGCCGAAGAGCAUCUAG